AUGAUGCGCACACCCACAACCUCGCUCCUGCGUGGCGCCCUCCGGGCCAGCAGAACGACGACUAUGGUCCCCCGCGCUGCUGCUUCCACGCACGCCAUCUCGAACCCGACCCUAGCCAACAUCGAGAAGCGAUGGGAAGGUUUGCCCCAGACUGAGCAGGCCGAGCUGUGGAUGGCCCUACGAGACCGCAUGAAGGAGAACUGGGCCGAACUCACCCUUCAAGAGAAGAAGGCCGCCUACUGGAUCGCCUUCGGUGCCCACGGUCCUCGUGCUGCACCCCCCGCCGAUGAGGGACGCAAGGUCGCUCUAUACACCGCACUCGGUCUCUUCACGAGCUUCGUCCUUUUCGCCGGAAUGCGCGCGUUCGGCAGUGCCCCUCCCAGCACCAUGACCAAGGAAUGGCAGGAGGCUUCCAACGAGUACCUCAAGAACCAACGUGCCGAGCCUCUUACUGGUGUCUCGUCCGAAAACUACAACGGCACAGGCAUGGUCCAGUCGCCGCCCAAGAACUAG